CUCUGAGGCAAUGCGCGAAUUUCAACUUCCUGUGGUUAAUAACAUCAUAACAAUCAUCAGAAAGAAGCCGAUUUCUUGAAGUUUGUUCAUUCAAUGGAGCAUAAACCUGCCUGUUUCGGCCAGGCUGAAUUUACUACAGAAGAACAUGAGGCAAUACAAAGUGCAUUGAGACAAAGACUUGGACCUGAAUUUAUCAGCCAGAGAGCUGGAGCUGGGGGUCAGAGGCUAGCUUACAUUGAAGGAUGGAGACUGGUUAAUCUUGCCAAUGAAACCUUUGGAUUUAAUGGUUGGUCUCAUUCAGUAACACAUCAGUCAGUAGAUUUUGUCGACCAUUUUAACAGUAAAUACUAUGUAGGAGUGUGUGCCACAAUCAAAGUCCAACUUAAAGAUGGUAUCUUCCAUGAAGAUGUAGGUUAUGGAGUUAGUGAAGGAAUGAAGUCUAAAGCUUUAUCUAUAGAAAAAGCUAGAAAAGAAGCUGUCACUGAUGGAUUAAAAAGAGCUCUCAAAAGCUUUGGUAAUUCUCUGGGUAAUUGUAUGGCUGAUAAAGAUUAUUUGAAAUGUAUAAACAGAGCUCCUAAACCGCCUGCAAAAGUCUAUGAUAUAAAUGACAUGAAACAUUUAGACAUUGAUCAAACAGUGGCUAAAGCAAGGAAAGUUAGAGCCAAAGCAUUAGACACUCAAGUAAGAAAUGAAUGUAUGCCUCCUCCUGCUUCUAUGACAACUGAUGCCAGACUGAGCGGGAGAGACACAUUAAAUAGAGAAAGUAUUCACAGUACAAAUUCUAAUCCAAGUUCGAACAGUGGGGGUUCUAGUGUUCAUAGUUCUAGAGACAAUGCUUCAAAAGAAAGUGCAUACUCUUCUUGUGUGUCGAGAGAUUCUAACAAUUUCACAGGGACAAAUAAAAAUCAAGACUGGUUACCUGCUGCUGUUGUAUUAAAUGCUUAUGAAGCUGAUGGACAAGGACUAGUGCCAGAAGGUGUCACCACUAGAAGAGGCUCAUCAAAUAGUAUGCAAGGAACCAGUACUCCUUCAAAUACUGGUAGACUUUCAAUAGGAAAACAGAGUACUGAAGACCAAACAAUAACUGGUAGACUUUCUUUAGGGAAACAGGGUCCAGAAGAUCCAGGACAAAAAAUAAAUCAUAAAAGGACACAAUCUGUACAAUUAGUGGAUCCUAGCUAUGGUGAUGAAAACAUGAGGAAAGAUAUUAAAGAUGCCAAAGGUGAAGAUGAAAAAGCUAAAUAUGAAAGAUUAAUGAGGCAGCGACAGAAGCAGAUAGAAUUCCAACAAAAAUUACAGCAAAAACAACAGGACCAAACAGCCAUUACUAAUCUAGGACCACCAAUAGCAUCAUCUACUCCAGCCUUAGGACUUGGUCCACCUAUGCAUACAUCUAGUCCAAAGCCAGGAUUGAGGUCCAGAGGUCCUGUAUUAAGUGGAAGUUCGAGACCAGGUUCACUUGGAGAAAAAAGCAAUGUAAAUGUGGAGACUCCACCAGAACUUAUAGAGGAAGGAACUUUUGAAGACACAGUAUGGAACCAGUCAAUGGAUAUAGAGAAUAUCGACCCCUCACAGAAGCAUGUGCAGGAAAAACAGGAAAGAAGUAGGACAUCCAUCCCUAUGUCUAAAACACCUAUCAGAGAAAAUACUCUCAAUAACCAUUUUCCUGUAACCAAAGGUUCUGUGGCUGUUAGGAAAGUGUCAGUUAAUGGUAGGCUGAUAGUAGAUUACCUCCCUUUCUGGAGUCGUAAGGACACCUCUUUCAUUUUAGGUGCUGUGGAUACAAAUCUCUUAGUCCGGUGCUGUGUGGUAGGUACCCAGUGGGCAUCAAAGAGCAGUCGUUGUGACAAUUAUCCCAGUGCUGUAGAAAAUGUACACCAAGAUGAUCAGCGGAGUUGUCGUUCUUUGCUAGAAGUAUGUUGCAUGAAACAGAAGCAUCGUACACAAUGUGAGGAUGGCAAAAAAGAUGCAUCUGAAAACAGUUUCUGUGCUAUCAGGGAUGAUGUUUUUGGGUCAGAGCAAUACAAGGAAUGCUGUCACUGCUGCAGGGUUGGUAUUACAGCCAGGACCAUGGGUAGUGACUGUAAUUUGUUGAGAAAUGAGGAAUUUGGUGGUCCAUGUGAUCGUGUGUAUAAAGAUUGUUGUCUUGGACCAAAUGCUGCUAACAUUACAGAAGUCAGUAAUGAUAUCAAUGAAUGUGAACUUUAUCCAAAUAAGUUAUGUAGUCACACUUGUGUGAACACGAUCGGCAGUUAUAGGUGUGAAUGUCCAGAUGGUCAUAGUUUACAUCAAGACGAAUCAACCUGUAUCAGGGAUCAAGACAGUCGUAUGAGAUGUGCCGUCUACAACCCAUGUCAACAAUUAUGUGUAGACACAGACUCUGGAGUUACUUGUCAGUGUAAUGUUGGGUAUACUCUAGCCUCUGAUGGACAUGCUUGUCAAGAUAGGGAUGAAUGUCGCGAAGGUCUACACAACUGUACAAGUGACACACGAUGUGUCAACUAUGAUGGAACACACAGAUGUGAACGGAUUCCACCGCCACAAUGUCCAGAGGGAGCGGAACUUAAUCCUGUUACAAGACAGUGUGUAACUAAAAGGCAGUGUAAUCGAGGAUUUAAUUUCAACGUGAUUACUUUAGCUUGUGAAGAUAUUGAUGAGUGUGCCCAAAGGAUCGAUGCCUGUACACCAGAACAGAGGUGUGAAAAUAAUGAAGGAUCCUAUUCCUGUAGGAGAAUUGUAGGCUGUGGAACUGGAUAUUCCUUGGAUGAGGAAACACAGUCCUGUAUAGAUGUGAAUGAAUGUGAAGCUGGGACACAUAAUUGUGGGAAUGGGUAUGAAUGUGUCAACAUUAAAGGAUCCUUUAGAUGUACUGCUACACAAUGUCCAGAUGGACACCAAUUCAGUACUAGGACAGGCAAAUGUGAGAGGGUAAACUGUCCUCGAGGAUUCAGGGCUGAUUCUAGAGGAAUGUGCAUUGAUUUGGAUGAGUGCCAGAGAUCUGGGAUAUGUGAUUCCACUGAAACUUGUGAGAAUACCUAUGGGGCAUAUAGAUGCCGUUCUAACUAUAACUGUGAACCAGGAUACCAAGCUGACUCCCGGUCAGGAAAGUGUGUUGAUAUCGAUGAAUGUGCAAGAGGCACCCAUGACUGCUCUUCAAGUCAGAAAUGUAUAAAUAGAAGAGGAAGUUUUAUAUGUGAUUGUCCAGAUGGAUUUAGGCAAUCAGCUGAGGGCGUAUGUCAAGAUGUUGAUGAAUGUGCCUAUGGAAAUGUUUGUCCUUUCAAUGCCGGUUGUACAAAUACUCAAGGAAGUUAUAGGUGUGAAUGUAAUCCUGGGCUUAAACAGGAGGGUAGAGUUUGUGUGGACAUUGAUGAGUGUCAAGAGCCAAAUAGGUGUCAACAUGGAUGUGUCAACAUGAUAGGAUCUUAUCAUUGCACAUGUGAAACAGGAUACCAGUUAUCUACUGAUCAGAGAACAUGUGAAGAUAUUGAUGAAUGUCGUACUUAUGCCAACAGAGGUCAGGUUUGUGCUGGAGAAUGUAUAAAUUUGCCAGGUUCUUACAGGUGUUCAUGUCCAGAAGGUUGGAGGUCACUUUCCAACGGAAGAACAUGUCAGGAUAUUGAUGAGUGUGCAGAAGGCACAGCUAGAUGUCAAGGUCAAGAAGCCAUGUGCUAUAACACUAGAGGAAGUUACAAAUGUCCACAGAUUCAGUGUCCAUCAGGAUUUGUUAGAACACCUUUAGGUCCAAGAAGAAAUAGUGUUCGAUGCAAAAGAAUAUCUUUCACCUGUCGACAGAAUGACUAUGAAUGCAUUAAUGCGCCAAUUUCUUUGUCAUACAACUUCCUGUCAUUUCCUGAAAAUGUGAAAAUUCCCAGUGACUUAUUUGCCAUGUCUGGACCGCAGACGACAGAAAAAAUAUUUGAUUGGGAAUUAAAGGUUGUCAAGGUAACACCACUCAGAGCUAAUUCAGUGCAAGUUAAUCGUGGUUAUUUUGACUUGAAGGUGGGGCCUGGUGAAGCUGUUGUUGCCUUAAAUUACAGAGUUUCUGGACCUCAAGAUAUUGAACUGGAAUUAAAAAUGAAAAUAACAGACCGAUACACAAGAUACACAGGGACUGCUGUAUCCAAAAUAUUCCUUUAUGUCACAGGAGCUAACAUUUCAUAGUAGUCUUAGAGAAGAUUUUCCAUGAAGUUUUAUGUUUUUAAUAUCAAAACUUUAGAACGAAACCAAAGCUAACAUUGUUAUUUGUAAACUGUAUUCCUGUGUUAUAUUGAUUGUUUAUUAAAUAGAAGUUUAUCACAAAAAUUGAUAGUUAUUUGCACAACAUGUAAAACACAAAAAUAAAAAAAAUAAUUUUUUUUGGAAAUUAAAGAAGCUUUUAGAGUGUUACAAAUUGUUAAAUUACAACAUGUACAGCUAAAGUAUUCAACUUAAGAAAAAAAUUAAUUUAAUUUUUGUAACAAUUGUUAUUGAAGACUUUUCACAAUUAGAUACACCAAAUAUUCUGCAAGAAUAAAAGAAUGUGGUAAAUUAAUUGAGCCAUUUUUAAAAAAAGUAUUGUAUCUUUAUACUUUGAACACACUAAAAGCUUCUUUAAUUUUCCUAAAAAUUCUUUUUUAUUAUUGUGUUGUACAUAAUGCCAAUUUUUUUUAGAAUGUAUAAAGCAUUUAUGUUGUAUAUAUUAAUUUCAUUUCAUCUAUAGUCUAGAUAAAUAUUAUCUUGAUUACAUUUUGUAAAAUUUGAUAGGGCUAAUACUCAAUACAUUCCAUUUGUAUAUAAAUCCCCAAUACUAAUUUCCACUCAAUCAAACAGAAUAAUAGUUGAAAAAAGUUCUAAGAAAGACAACUCUAAUUUCCAAAUAGAUUCGUCAACUUUAUGAUAAAUCAAGUACAUAAAUGAGGUCAAGUCACAUCUUUGGAGGUCACAGUUAUGUAUUAUAUUUGCAAGCAUCUUAACUGUAGAAAUAUUUACCAAUGAAUGCAUGUCCUAGCUAUAUAUUGAAUGGUAUUUAUUAUAACAUAAUCAUUGGUGCUGGUUCUCUUAUUUCCCUUUGAAAUGAUGUGCUUGAGUAACAUAAAAAGUUUAUACAUACAUGUUUUUAAACAUUGAUUAAAAUGUUUUGAAAACAAUUUUGGAAAGGAAAGAAAACUUUCAGAAAAAGUUCAACAUUAUUAAUAUGAAGAAACAUUCCUUAUUUAAAACAUUGAGUAAUUGUCCAUCUGCAGAAUACGCUUUACUUUAUUGAUUUGUUAACGGUUUUAAAAACCUAUUCUGUUCUGAAGUUGUUUUACUUGAAUGUUUUUAGUUAUUCUGGAAAACCAUCUUUCAGUAACUGAUUAUACAUUUGUCCAUUUUAGGCUAAUUUUACAAUGAAAACACAUAGUCAUACCAAAUGAAAACAGAAUUAUGUUUGGCUAACAAGUAGUUCCAUUUUUUUAAAAUUAUAUAUUAAUUUUCAACAAUGUAGCUUUGAUUUAGAAAAAUAAUAUAUUGCUUUGUGACCAGUAGAUUUAUAUUUGUUUGUGUAAUUAAAGCUUUUAUAGGAUUUGUGUAGAUACAAACCUUUUAGUAGCCCCAACCCAAUCAUGUUAGUAGUCCCCAACCCAAUUAUGUUAGUAGUCCCCAACCCAAUUAUGUUAUAUUUCAUCAUACGUGUACUAAUGAUCAUUGACUUAUUCCUAUUAGUAUCAUCAAACUUUUGAAAACUUCAAAAUAAGCAAUUUUGUUUUUUUAUUUUAUUCAUAAGUUUUGAUGCCACCAUUUUUUGCAUGUGUUCAAAUUAAUAAUUAAAAAAGUGAAUUGAAAACAGUUUGAACAUUUUAAAUUGCAGUAUAUAACUUCUAAUGCUGUCAAUUUUGAUUGGACAUCAUUAAAAACCCUGUAUAAUUUCAUCAUAUUUUUACACUUAAUGAAGAGAGUUUAUAAGACUGUAGAAGUACCGGUACCAAACUUUUUACUGGCUCCAUUUUUUGUGUCUUGGUCAAUUCUUAAUUACUUCUGGAAAUGUUAAUGAAUGUAUAUUAGUAGACAUAGAUAAACUAGUGCCAGGGGACUAUUGUGCAAUAAUUAACAGCUCAUCAUGCUGCCAUUGUGGAUAUACAAGAUGUAAAUUAAUCUGUACUAAUAUUAAGCAUGUAUAGCCAGUAUCACUGUACAGUUUUACUUUGCAAUAAACAAAUAAUGCAUGGAAGACCACUCUUAAUCAUGUAUGUAAUCACUUUUUAUAAUAAAAAGUAUGCUUUGAUAAAUGUUUGUAUUUGUGUUUUGUUCUGUAAUGAUAAGCUACAAAAAUGUACUAAUCUUGUGUCAAUAGUAUCAUAUUUUUACUUGAAACUACACUCCAUAUUGAAUGACAAAUUAUAUUAUAGAUCAAGAUUGAAUAUAAUAUAAAUAACACAUAGCCGAGGGGGUGAUAGAGCUGAUCACAGAAAACCCUAUCAUCUGAGGCGAAGCCAAGGUUGACAAUGUCUUUUCCAGGGGUAACAAUCUGCACUAUCACCCUCUCAAAUAUGUGUUAUUUAAUUUAUUAUACUGAAUGUCUAUUAAAUUUCAAAUUCAAAGUAAUAAACUAUGACGUUUGUACAUAACAACUAUCCGUUUCUAAUAAAAUGCACACUUGAUCAAG